CACACACACACACAGAGGGGACAGGGAAAAGACGAUUCCACACUCACCUGAACAACCAGGUAAAGUGUUACAGCUCAAACAUACAGGACAGGAAAUAAAGGCAUCUGUCUGAGAGCGGAGACGUGUGCAGUGCUGUAGACGUGUUUAUGAUGAGUGUCGCUGGGAGCUGAGGAACUAACAUGAAGUGAAGUAUGAGACACACAAAACAAGACUGAGUCAAUGGCAUUCUUCAAAAGUUUCCAGGAGAGCCUGUCCUCCGUAUCUGUCUCUUCCAUCCUGGAUUCGGUGUCCAGCACCGUCUCAAACACAGUGGAUGGUGUGAGGACAGCAGUGAAUGAUGUGACGUAUACGGUGAGUGACCAGCUGACAGAGCAGGUCAACACUAUCAUCAAUAAGAAGCAGGGUGAGGAUGAGGACAAGGAUGAAGGUGAAAAAGACUCAGAGAGCAAGACAGGGGCGGCGGGGCGAAUAAACUCAAAGAGACAGGCUUUCGCAGACGAGCAGGAGGAGCAACGUGAGAGAGAGAAGCAGGAGCAGGAGCGGAGGAAUGAGGAGGAGCAGUGGGAGUGGUGUUAUGCUCCAUCUAAAGGCUGGUACCGAAAACGAAGAGACCCAAAUCAGAGAGGGACGAGUGCAGAGAGACAGGAGAAUAAGGACGAGAGGACAGGAACUAGUACACAGCUCUCACCCCUUAAUGCAGACAUGAACUUACAGAAAGUGAAAGCUGUAAGGAUGGAAAAUGAUGAAGGAGGACAAAAGGACAACAUCUCCAAGACCAGUGCUGAGACACCAUACUGCAAGGACACUGGGACAGAACCAAGUCCAGAGUCCAACAACAAGCAGACGAAUGGACAGACACCUGAUGGACACAUACCAGAAGGAGACACACAAGAUGGACACACACCAGAGGGAAACACACCAGAUGGACAUACACUAGAGGGACACACACCAGAGGGACACACCCAAAACAGAUAUGCCCAAGACAAAGACGAUUCAGAUAAGAGGAGAAACUCCACGUCUACUAAACCGAAACAGAAUACUGGGGGGUUUACUGCUGAGGGUGGAGCCGAUGAGGGUGGAGCUGAUGAGGAGAGACAGUUACCUCAGGAAGAGGACAGUCAAGAAGGUGAGACAGGAUGCAGCAGGUCAAGAGGCUCAAGUGUCCUACAGGACCAGCAUGAUGGGGAUGAAGCCACAGGUUCACAGGAUCCUUUAGAGGUCACUGAGUUCAGUGAGGACAAGAACAACACAGAGCGCUCCUUUAAGAAAGAACGUUUCCGCCACUGUACUCUCCUCUAAGGCUCCACCCACAGACCAGCCUGUCCAAUCAGGAAAAACAUCCAUGUGAAUAGUUGGACAUCAAAUACAAGACGAGUGAAGAUUAGAGGAUUGACAUUUGACAAACUGACAUUUUCAUGAUAUCACCAUGACAGCAACAAAACACUGAAGCAUGCUGUGCUCAUUACGAUGGAUUUUACAUUACAAGUAGAAAGAAAGUGAAGCAUCAAUCCAGCAGCUUUCAAAGUGUCCACCAUGUGCUUACAGAGCAUGCUGUACAGAUUACUGAGAUUUAAAACCUUCAAAUGAGCAAAUAAAAAGUCCACCGUGAUGUUAGCAUAAACAAGGGUCAGUGGCGUAAAGAGAUGACAACAAGGCUUGUGUUUAAACCCCACGAGUGACUUUACUUCUGUUAAUGAGACAAGAAAGUGAUGUGGAUGAAGCUGUGAGUCAGAGUGAGAACUCACUUCAGCAGUAAUGCUGUUUCUCCAUCAGGAGAAGAGGUUAUAAACAUAGGCAUUAUAAACAUAGACGUCAUAAACCUAGGGGUUAUGAACAUAGGGGUUAUAAAUAUACAGGUCAUAAACAUAGGCAUUAUAAACAUAGGCAUUAUAAACAUAGGCAUUAUAAACAUAGACGUCAUAAACCUAGGGGUUAUGAACAUAGGGGUUAUAAAUAUAGAGGUCAUAAACAUAGGGGUUAUAAACAUAGGAAUUAUAAACAUAGGAAUUAUAAACAUACAGGUUAUAAACAUAGGAGUUAUAAAAGUAGAGGAAAACAUUGUAUUUUUAAGUGGAACUGGAAUUAAAUAUUUAAAUGUUAUUUUCUUCUUUUUAAAUGAAUCUUACUUCUGACUGAGGAACACAAACAGCUUUCAGUUCAUUGUCCUUCAUAUAAACUACAUGAAGCAGAGUGUGACCAUGUGAACUGUAUUACAGCACACUUCUCCCUCUUCAGGCCUACUGUGAAGUGUUUGUGGUACAGUGUGUGUGGUACAGAGUGUGUGGUACAGUGCGUGUGGUACAGAGUGUGUGGUAGUGUUUGUGGUACAGUGUUUGUGGUAC